UUUUGGUGAAAAAGAAUGCCGGACGAAGAGACGGCAACCCCGACCGCGUCGGCGCCGGCGACGCCGGGAACGCCGGGCGGGCCGCUGUUCACUUCGAUGAGGGUGGACUCAUUGUCUUAUGAUCGGAAGUCAAUGCCGCGAUGCAAAUGUCUUCCGGUUACUGCCCCGACGUGGGGUCAACCUCAUACAUGCUUCACCGACUUCCCUGCGCCUGACGUCUCUCUUACCCGGAAGCUGGGGGCAGAAUUCGUGGGAACCUUUAUCCUUAUAUUCGCGGCAACAGCCGGACCUAUAGUGAACCAAAAGUACGGCGGCGUCGAGUCGCUGAUCGGAAACGCCGCAUGCGCGGGGCUGGCGGUGAUGAUAAUAAUCCUGUCAACCGGACACAUCUCCGGGGCUCAUCUUAACCCUUCCCUCACCAUUGCAUUUGCCGUCUGUCGUCAUUUUCCCUGGACUCAGGUUCCGGCCUACAUAGCGGCUCAGGUCUCCGCCUCUAUCUGUGCUUCGUUCGCCCUCAAAGGAGUCUUUCAUCCCUUCAUGUCUGGCGGCGUCACCGUGCCCUCCGUCAACUACGGACAGGCUUUCGCGCUCGAGUUCCUCAUUACGUUUAAUCUCCUCUUUGUCGUCACCGCCGUCGCCACCGACACCCGCGCGGUCGGAGAGCUGGCCGGAAUAGCAGUUGGAGCGACCGUAAUGCUCAACAUUCUUGUGGCUGGGCCAUGUAGUGGGGGUUCAAUGAAUCCAGUCAGGACAUUGGGGCCAGCGGUGGCAGCAGGGAAUUACAAGGCACUGUGGAUAUACUUAAUAGCACCCACUCUCGGCGCCGUGAUCGGUUCCGCCACUUACACACUGGUGAAGCUCCGCGAUGAUGACUCCCAACAGCCGCGCCAAGCCAGGAGCUUCCGACGCUAAUCAUAUCAUCCUUUG